AUGAUCGACCCUAGCUCUAGUGAAGAUGAGGGGGACGACGACACUGUCGUUGAUUUACCUAACAAAGGCCGUAUUGGAGUGCCGUCCAAAUCAGUGACGGCUGCGACUGGCAACCCAACCGCUGGGUCAGUAGCCACAAUACCGCCGACUGGGUCUAAUGUCCAGAAUGGCGAAUUCUUCGGCAGGUCACAGCCGCAGACUGCCCUCUCUUCAAAUAUCCGGCAAGAAGGAACUGGGAGUAUCGGUAAUAUUGGAGGUCUUGGAAAAAAUGAUCAGUCGCAAAGCCAGUGCCCUACCGAAAGUGCCAGUCUUGAGGUACCCAACAAUGGAAUUCCUAGUGGCAUAUCGCAAGAAACCUUGAGUCCAAGUGCUGGAUCUUCACGAGCCAACUCACUGCCACGCCCCCUGUCUCCUUCUCCAUCUGUAGGAAGUGACAAACAAGAGUCCGGUGAUCCACAUGAUAAGCAUGAACGAGAAGAGGAGGAACGGAAACGCCGUAUUCAGUUAUAUGUGUUUAUAUCACGCUGCAUAUCGUAUCCUUUCAAUGCUAAGCAACCUACGGAUAUGACUAAAAGGCAACCAAAGAUUACAAAACAGCAACUGGAAAUGAUCACGCAAAGAUUUCAGGCGUUCUUAAAAGGCGAAACGCAGAUAAUGGCGGAUGAGGCUUUCCAAAAUGCUGUGCAAAGCUAUCAUGAUGUAUUCUUAAAAUCGGAGCGUGUUUUGAAAAUGGUACAAUCUGGAGCAUGCUCGCAGCAUGAUUUCCGAGAAGUCUUUCGGAAUAACAUCGAAAAGCGUGUUAGAUCUUUGCCUGAAAUUGACGGUCUGAGCAAGGAAACUGUAUUGACUUCUUGGAUGGCAAAAUUUGAUAUUAUUCUUAAGGGUAGCGGUGAAGAAGAUACAAAGAGACCAUCGCGAAUGCAACAGUCCCUUAAUAGUGAGCUUAUUUUAUCUAAGGAGCAGCUAUACGAUAUGUUUCAACAAAUAUUAUCGGUAAAAAAGUUCGAGCAUCAGAUACUUUUUAACGCUUUAAUGCUCGAUUCAGCAGAUGAGCAGGCAGCGGCCAUUCGAAGAGAAUUGGAUGGUCGUAUGCAGCGUGUAGGUGAAAUGGAAAAGAAUAGAAAACUUAUGCCUAAAUUUGUGCUCAAGGAAAUGGAAUCUCUCUACAUUGAGGAAUUGAAAUCAUCCAUUAACCUUUUGAUGGCUAAUCUUGAGUCCCUGCCAGUUUCUAAGGGGAACAUGGAUAGUAAAUACGGCUUGCAAAAGUUGAAGCGAUACAACCAUAGCACUCCAUCGUUUUUAAAAAUGAUACUGCGUUCCCAUGGAUCUCUCUCUAAAUUGGAGGGUGACUCCGAAGAUGGUACGUCCCAAUUGACUAAGCUAGAUGUUGUGCUUACUUUUCAAUUGGAAGUUAUUGUGAUGGAGGUAAAAGGGCUUAAGUCAUUAGCCCCUAACCGAAUUGUAUACUGCACAAUGGAAGUCGAAAAUGGAGAAAAGCUGCAGACGGAUCAAGCGGAAGCUUCAAAGCCUAUGUGGGAUACUCAGGGCGAUUUCACAACAACACAUCCUUUACCAAUUGUCAAAGUAAAGUUGUACACUGAAAAUCCAGGCAUGUUGGCUUUAGAAGAUAAGGAAUUAGGAAAAGUGACUAUAAAGCCUACACCGCUUUCCUCCAAGUCACCUGAAUGGCACCGCAUGAUCGUAUCGAAAAAUCUACCAGAUCAGGAUCUACGAAUUAAAAUUGCAUGCAGACUUGAUAAACCAUUAAAUAUGAAACAUUGUGGGCACCUGUAUGCAAUUGGAAAGUCAGUAUGGAAAAAGUGGAAACGUCGGUAUUUUGUUCUAGUUCAAGUGUCCCAGUACACCUUUGCAAUGUGUAGCUAUAAAGAGAAAAAAUCGGAACCCUCUGAGAUGAUGCAGCUUGAUGGCUAUACAGUGGACUAUAUAGAAGCUGCCAGCGCAAACCUUAUGUUUGGCAUAGAUUUAAAUGGCGGACGAUACUUUUUCAAUGCAGUGCGCGAAGGUGAUAGUAUUGCCUUUGCGUGUGAAGACGAGAAUGAAUGUAGUCUGUGGGUAAUGGCUAUGUAUAGAGCUACAGGUCAAUCUCAUAAGCCAACGCCCCCAAUAACACAGGACAAGAAUUCGGCAUUGUCAAAAAUACAGGGUGAUGCGGACAAAGCUCGAAAGCAUGGCAUGGAGGAUUACAUAAGUGCUGAUCCGUGUACAUUUGAUCAUGCGAAUCUAUUUAAAAUAUUGCAAAAUUUAACACUCGAGUAUCGUCUAAAUGAUCCAUACGCAUCGCUUGGCUGGUUCAGUCCAGGUCAGGUUUUUGUGUUGGAUGAGUACUGUGCUCGAUAUGGCGUUCGAGGAUGUUACAGGCAUUUAUGUUAUCUUUCGGAUCUUUUGGAUCGUGCAGAAAAGCAGCAUAUGAUCGAUCCCACUCUCAUACAUUAUUCGUUUGCAUUUUGCGCAAGUCAUGUACAUGGAAACAGACCUGAUGGUGUAGGUAGCAUUACCCAUGAAGAGAAGGAAAAAUUUUCUGAAAUUAAAGAGCGACUGCGCCAGUUGUUGGAGUUUCAAAUAACAAACUUCAGAUAUUGUUUUCCCUUUGGUCGUCCCGAAGGCUCUCUUAAAGCCACUCUCUCUUUGUUAGAACGUGUGCUCAUGAAAGACAUCGUUACGCCAGUUCCACCAGAGGAAGUCCGACAAAUGAUUAAGAAGAGCUUGGAAACUGCAGCUCUUAUCAAUUACACUCGACUUUCUGCUGAAGCUAAGAUUGAAGAGGACUUGCGGGGUGAAAUUAUUGUGCCGCCACCGAAGAAACUUGAAGACCUAAUACAUUUAUCCGAGCUGUGUGUUGAUUUGUUGCAGCAAAAUGAAGAGCAUUAUGGCGAAGCUUUUGCUUGGUUUAGCGAUCUCCUGGUGGAGCAUGCGGAGAUAUUUUGGUCCCUUUUCGCUGUUGAUAUGGACCGCGUACUUUCUGAGCAGGCUCCGGAUACAUGGGACUCGUUUCCAUUAUUUCAAAUAUUAAACGACUAUUUAAGAGCAGACGACAACUUGCGAAAUGGAAGAUUUCAUCAACAUCUGCGUGACACUUUUGCACCGCUAGUUGUGCGCUAUGUCGAUCUUAUGGAGUCCUCAAUAGCGCAGUCUAUUCACAAGGGUUUCGAGAAAGAGCGUUGGGAAAGCAAAGGGAUUAACGCCGCUUUAAACCCGGCCGCAUUGAAUCCGGCAGCCCUCAACCCGGCGGCAUUGCUUAGCGGCAAGAAAGAUCAAGUCAAUUUUUAUGUGCCGAAGCUACCAAGGCGUGCAGCUUCCACUGCAGCUUCCACUGCAGCUGGUGAUGAUAUGAGAAACGGAUGCGCGACAUCGGAGGAUCUUUUCUGGAAGUUGGAUGCACUACAAUCAUUUAUCAGAGACCUGCAUUGGCCGGAUCCAGAGUUUCGCCAGCAUUUGGAGCAAAGAUUAAAGAUGAUGUCCGUUGAUAUGAUAGAGCAAUGUAUACAGCGAACGGAUUCAUCAUUUCAGUCUUGGCUGAGGAAAAAUGUAGCCUUUAUAUCAACGGAUUAUAUAAUACCGCCAGAAAUGUGCGCAAUGGUUAAUGUGAUAUUAGAUGCUAAAAACCAAAGCUUUAAACUAACUACCAUUGAUGGUAUUGAUCUGUAUAAAUUUCAUGCUAAAAUCGAUGAUCAGAUCGACAAAGCGAAUGUAGCCAUGACACAAGGACUUAGCGGCAAGCUUAUGUCAGUGCUAGACUCGACUUUGUCCAAAUUAGCGCGCUACGAUGAGGGUAGUCUAAUUGGGUCUAUACUUAGCUUUACAAACGUAUCCAGUUCAGGAAAGGAUCUUGGCCAGGGUUAUGUGAACUUCUUUCGAAAUAACAUGGACCAAAUUCGCGGGAAAAUUGGUGAUGAUUUGUGGACCCUAAACUUUUUUGAGCAAUGGUAUUGCCAACAAAUCAAUAUGCUCUCUAAUUGGUUGUCAGAACGUAUGGAUCACGCUUUACACUACGCUCAGGUCACGUCAAUCUCUCAUAUAAUAAAAAAAAUUUAUUCGGACUUUGAGCUGCAAGGGGUUCUGGAGGAUAAAUUAAAUUCGAAGGCGUACCAAUCGGUUGCACAGCGCAUGGCUACCGAGGAGGCAACAUGCGCACUAACAAUGCCAGAGAUUGGCGACGGUGAUGAAUACAGUGACGAUGUGCUUAACGGUGAUGAGGAUACUGCUGGAGAUGAGGGGGCCGCUCAUGCAGCACGCAGUAUGCCGAAGCCUAAAAUGGCAGCAGCAUCUCAGGCAGCGGCUGUUACCAACGUUGUUGCUGGUCGUGUCGGUAACUUACUUGGUAAAGGCAUUGGUGGACUUAGCUCAAAGCUAGGAAGUGGCGGUUGGUUUUGAAUGUUCAUGUAGAUCACAAUUUAUCGAUCAACGGUUCUGGCAAACAGUGCAAAUAUAUUAUAUACUCAUAAUAGUACUAGCUUCUUAGCUUUACUGAGCCAAGUUCACACACGCAAUAUUUCAAUAAUCGAAAAGGGAAACACUCAGUUUUUUUUAAACUUAAACCAACCAAGCAAUUAAUUCAUACGAACCCCGAUUAUAUGUACAUGUUUACUACUCAAUUGAGUAAAUUCAAUUUAAUUUUGUAAGCCUAACAACAUGAAUAUUAUACACCGUUACGAUAAGCGUAUUUUCUUAUACUUUAUAAAUAACAUCACAUAAACGCCACACAUUGCGCAACACCAUACAUUUUUGUUUUAAAAACUGACAGCAAAUUUGUCAAUUUUUAAACUUUUUUUUACAAAGGAGCUUAGGGUUAUAGCUAUAUAUUUCCUUUGUGGCUCUUGACUGCCCAGAAAUAAGUUAACCGUUCGAUACAGCCAACACUUUAAUACACUUGGACGCAACAAACACACACACCCACUCACACACAUACACAGUUAAUAUGUCUCAGCACGAUGUCGCUUCAACGUUACCUAGGUGUAGUGCACCGCACUAGCGCUAGGUCAGCAUGCAUAUAAAUUUAUUUAUUUUUGUGUUAUACAAUUACAUAUGUAUAUAUAUUUGAAAACAUUAUUACCUCUAAAAUAAUAUUGCGCGAAUAUAUUAAUAGUAUUUAGUAUUUACAUAAAUAUUGAAAUAAUGAAAAUAAGUAAUGGAAGUAACCGCAAAAUUUAAUAUGUUAUCAUCAUAUUUUUACACAAGCAUAUUUCUUCAUCUGCGCGAAUAUACACAAAUAUCAACUCGCUUGAAUAGUGAAUUCAAAUUUAAGAAAUUCAUUUAAAUUUUUAACUAUCAACGAAUAAUAUUGACUACUGUUUGUUAAAAUUUAACUAUGUACGACUUAUAUACCCAUUAUUUUCAGGCGCUAUCUAACUCUAAAAAAGUAUCUUAUUGUAAUUAUAACUAACAUAUCUUUAAUAGUUCAAUUUAGUUUUAUCUUAAGUUAAUACUAAUUCAGUGGUGAGACUUAACGCCAUAAUUUAAAAUUCAGUAACACAAGUAUAGCUUACUCACAGCCGAUUAUAACUCUUGGAUAUAAACAAGCGAGUACAGUAAAAAAAAA